AUGUCAUCUACAGCUACAGCAGCUCUCGUCCUGUGGUUUUUACUCUUGUCUUCUUCGCUGACCCUCUCCAUCGAUGCUACUUCUAACUUCUCCUUAGUUAUUUCGGAGACCAUGAAGUUGCAUAUCUCGCCGAGCUUAAUAGUAGAGAAUUCUCCAGGUUUGAAGCCUGGAGCUAAAGUAAAAUGUGAGAGAGUUCCAGUUCAUGGUUUACCAAGGAUUAAGCAUUUGAGAAAGUUUGCCAAUUCCUUGAAGGUGAAAGUGUCAUGUACGAAUCCAAGUGCCCCUUCUCCACGUAUAGAUGUCUGUUUCCACAGGAAUGCAUCUCUUGGUGUGGGGAUGUGCCCUCAAGAUCACUGGGAAAGGCUUUCAAAAGGAUUGUGGAUGAAACCAAUGUCACCUUUUGAUCACAAAAUCUUAGACAUAAGGGUAGGAACAUCUUAUUCAGAGAGUCUUGAGGUGUCAUUUGAUGAAGAAUUCUUUUUGUACAGGAUAUUAUUCCUAGUUUUUGGAAUUGUGUUGAUGAGUCUGGCUCCCUGGCUUAGCCAAUCUUUGGUUUUCUACUACAGUGGUGCUAUGGUUAUAGGGAUCUUUCUUGUGAUAUUAAUGAUCCUUUUCCAGGGGAUGAAGCUUCUUCCAACUGGUCGGAAGAGUUCACUUGGAAUAUUUCUGUAUUCAUGCUUUAUUGGCUUGGGAUCUUUUCUGCUUCAAUAUGUGCCCAAAUUAUUACGGGCACUGAUGGCCGAGAUCGGACUUCCCGAAGACAUGCACGAUUCUCUGGCCAUUCUUCUGCUGGUUUUCCUUGUAAUUACUGGAGCUUGCUUGGGAUUUUGGGUCGUCCGUAAACUUGUGCUCACAGCAGAUGGAUCUAUUGACUUUGGAGUAUCUCAAUUUGUCACCUGGUCACUUCGAAUAGUUGCCUCCGUGAUGAUUCUUCAGAGUUCAUUAGAUCCUUUAUUGGCGGUUGGUGCUUGGGUUGGUGGAAUUGUUAUAUCUUUGUUGUUGAUGUCUCCUCGCCCUAAGGUUGUUCGGCGUGUCUGCAGAAAAUUGCGUAGGCUGAAAAGGCUCAAUCUCAAGGAGCCUCUUGAUCCCUAUGCAUCUCCGGUCACCAACCCUUCUAUUCCCAGGCCCCCUGCCAGGUCUCCAUAUACUUCCGUUCCAGGUUCACGAAGUAAGUCACCUGAAAGGUUUUCAGAUUCUCAGACUUUCUACUCCACCUUCCACGACACGCCCGACCGAAGGAAAUUUGCAAAGGCUGAAUGGAAAUCGUUCACGAGGGAGUCCACACGCAAAGCCCUAGAAGGGCUUGUUUCGUCACCAGAUUUCAGCAAAUGGGCUGUGGCCCAUGCAGACAGGAUAACCUUAGCCCCAACGAAUGAAAGUUCAGCGCAACAUAGGAGAUGGUUCCACUGGUUUUAA